UUGCAGAUUUGCGCUCAACUUUUUUUUUGGCUGUGUCACGGCUUCGAAUCAAGCGGGGAAAGUAUUUUACUCUAGAGGUCUUCUAGACCUCUUACUUUUCCCACAAUGGAGCAGCAAUCGAACAGGUCGCAUCGAGCCACCAAGGAGAAGAAAAAGUAUGAUGGACCGAAUCCUAAAGCUUUUGCCUUCUCGAAUCCCGGCAAAUUGAACAAGGCCGGCGCGAGAUCGCACGAUAUCAAAGAAAAGAGACUUCAUGUGCCCCUCGUGGAUCGCCUGCCUGAAGAGGCACCUCCUCUUAUUGUCGCCGUCGUCGGACCACCUGGAGUGGGCAAGACGACCCUUAUCAAGUCCCUCAUCCGUCGCUACACGAAGCAGACCCUCAGCACACCGAAAGGCCCCUUGACCGUGGUCACGUCGAAGAAACGCCGUCUCACGUUCCUCGAAUCGCCCUCCGAUUCCCUCGCCAGCAUGAUCGACGUCGCCAAGAUCGCCGAUAUCGUGCUGUUGAUGAUCGACGGUAACUAUGGAUUCGAGAUGGAGACCAUGGAGUUCUUGAAUGUCCUUGGCUCCCACGGUAUGCCCGGUAACGUUUUCGGUAUCCUAACCCAUCUCGACCUUUUCAAGAAGCAGAGCACUCUGCAGGCCGCCAAGAAGCGUCUCAAGCACCGUUUCUGGAGCGAACUCUACAAUGGCGCCAAGCUCUUCUAUCUCUCCGGAGUCGUCAACGGCCGUUACCCCGAUCGCGAAGUCCACAAUCUCUCCCGCUUCCUGUCCGUUAUGAAGAAUCCUCGACCCCUUGUAUGGCGUAACUCCCACCCCUACGCCCUCGCAGAUCGCUUCUUGGAUAUCACGCCACCCACCCAGAUCGAGGAGGACCCGAAAUGUGAUAGGACGAUAGCUCUUUACGGUUACCUGCGUGGGACCAACUUCGCGGCUCAGGGAGCGCGGGUGCACGUUCCGGGAGUCGGUGACUUGACGGUCUCCGGCAUCGAGUCCCUGCCGGAUCCAUGCCCGACACCCUUCUUUGAGCAGCAGGCUGCAAAGGCCAACGGCAAGACCAGCCGACGCCGAUUGGGGGAUAAGCAAAAGCUCUUGUUCGCGCCCAUGUCUGAUGUUGGUGGUGUGUUGGUGGACAAGGAUGCCGUUUACAUUGACGUCAAAACCUCGAACUUCGAGCGAAACGAGGACGAGUCCGACGACGAGGAGCGCGGUCUUGGCGAGCAACUGGUUGUUGGCCUGCAGGGUGAGCGCAAGCUUCUCGGUGAAGCUGAUGGCGGUGUCCGCCUCUUCCGUGGCGGUGAAGCCAUUGCGAAGGCAGACGAGGAGAAUGGUGCUGCUGGAAGAAAACACAAGCGCCACGCUCGAUUCCUGGACGGCGAGAACAACAACGCUGAUGUUGUCGACGAGGAAGACGAAGGUUUCGAGAGCGCAGAAGAUGAAGAUGACGCUGAAGAGCUGGAUGAAGAUGAAAUGGAGGACCUGAGCGAGGAUGAAGAGAUCGACGCUUCCGCACCCGCAGAUUUCGAAGCCAACUUCAGGGAGAGGCAAAACGGCAAUGCUCGCCAGACCGAAGGUGACCUUGAAUUCGCUGAUAGCGACUCUGAUCUCGGCUCUAUCUCAUCUGUGGAUGACCAGAUUUUGGAGAGUGGCGAAGACGAGGACUCUGACGAUGAGGAGAAUGCCCGCUGGAAAGAGAACAUGCUUGCUAAUGCGAAGUCCCUUCAUUCGAAGCGCCCGAAGUUCCGCAUCACUGACUUGUCUCGGAUGCUGUACGACGACUCCAUCGCACCCGAGGACGUGAUGCCUCGAUGGAGCGGUCGUGGUGAGAACGAAGACGAUGACGAGGAUGAGGACAAUCAGGACAAUGAUGAGGAAGAGGACACCUUCUUCAAGAAGACCGGCGCCGAGCAGAAGGAAGAGGAGGAGUUCCGUCACAUUCCUGAAUUUGACUACGCCAAGCUGGAAGAGAAGUGGCAGGAUGAAGAGCUUAUCGAAUCCCUAAGAAGCAGAUUCGUCACGGCCAAGUUAUCUGGUGACGGCGACGACGACGAUUCGGAUGUGGGCGAUGCAUUUGACUCGGACGACGAAGGAGAUGGUGAAUUCGAGGACCUAGAAACGGGCGAAGCUUUUAACGGUCUCUCUGACGACGAAGAGGGUGGCGAGGAGGAGGGUGAGAAAGAGGAGGGGCCCGUCGACCUGGACGCGGAGCGUGAGCGCAAUGCGAAGAAGAAAGAAGAGCUACGACUUCGCUUCGAGGAAGAAGAUCGCGAGGGGUUCGCAAACUCCAAGGAUAACUCGCGCAAGGAUGGUGGAGGGGACGAGGAGUUCGGAGAGGACGACUGGUACGACAUGCAGAAGGCUAAGCUACAGAAGCAACUCGACAUCAACCGCGCCGAGUUUGACCUACUCGACCCGGCCUCCCGCGCUCGAGCGGAAGGUUUCAAGGCUGGCACAUAUGCACGUAUCGUUCUUGAGAAGGUGCCCUGCGAGUUCGCCACGAAGUUCAACCCUCGUUACCCUGUCAUUGUGGGCGGCCUGGCCCCCACCGAGGACCGUUUCGGCUAUGUCCAGAUCCGCAUCAAGCGCCACCGCUGGCAUAAAAAGAUCCUUAAGAGCGGCGAUCCCCUCAUCUUUUCUCUCGGCUGGCGCCGCUUCCAGUCCCUGCCGAUCUACAGCACCUCCGACAGUCGGACGCGCAACCGUAUGCUCAAGUACACCCCGGAACACAUGCACUGCUUCGCUACCUUUUACGGCCCGCUGGUGGCACCCAACACCGGUUUCUGCUGCUUGCAAUCCUUCUCCAACAAGGCCCCUGGGUUCCGCAUCGCCGCCACCGGUGUGGUGCUGAACGUCGACGAGCACACCGAGAUCGUGAAGAAGCUCAAGCUGACGGGUGUUCCCUACAAGAUCUUCAAGAACACCGCCUUCAUCAAGGACAUGUUCAACUCCUCGCUGGAGAUAGCCAAGUUCGAGGGCGCCUCGAUCCGCACUGUCUCCGGUAUCCGCGGUCAGAUCAAGCGCGCGCUGGCCAAGCCCGAGGGCUACUUCCGUGCCACCUUCGAGGACAAGAUCCUCAUGAGUGACAUCGUCUUCCUACGGGCCUGGUACCCGAUCAAGCCCCACCGCUUCUACAACCCGGUCACCAACCUGCUGGAUCUGGCCGAGGAGGGCGCGGCGGACAGCGGCUGGCACGGCAUGCGUCUCACCGGCGAGGUCCGCCGCGAGAAGGGCAUCCCCACCCCGCUCGAGAAGGACUCGGCGUACCGCAAGAUCGAGCGCCCCGAGCGCCACUUCAACCCGCUGCGUGUGCCGCGCCAGCUGGCCACGGACCUGCCCUUCAAGUCGCAGAUCACCAAGAUGAAGCACCACAAGGACAAGACCUACAUGCAGAAGCGGGCGGUGGUCCUUGGGGGCGAGGAGAAGAAGGCGCGCGACCUCAUGCAGAAGCUCAACACCAUGCGCAACGAGAAGCAGGCCAAGCGCGCGGCGAAGCAGGAGGAGCGCCGCAAGGUGUACCGCGCCAAGGUGGCCGAGGGUCUGGAGAAGAAGGCGGAGCGUGAGAAGCGAGAGCGCGAUGACUACUGGCGUCGCGAAGGUAAGAAGCGGAAGGCCCAAGACGGAGAAGGGGGUGGUGGUGGCAAGAAGCGCAGGUAGAGCCCCUAGUUGCUUUUUUUUUCAGGGUCAGGUUAUUUACAGGUUUUAUAUCAAAAGUUGCUUCUGUGAAUAAUGUCCAUGUGUAUCUAUGUGCAUGCUGCAUGGGAUGGAUGGCGUUGAGUUUUGUUGCUUGGACCCUAUUUCUCCUCUGACAUGGUUGAACAUAUACUCACUACUACAUGUUCUUGGGAUUGAUGCUUGCUCU